AUGCACCGUGCCAGACAUGCAGCGUUCGCUGUCCGCGCCGUUGCGAGGCAUUGCCAAGGAGUGCACCGAGGAGCCACGGUAACCGCUGCGCCCCUCAUAAGCCGUGGUAACCCUUGGCCGCGCGCGAGCCGGGCUUGGAGCAGCCACGUCUCCUCCAGCCAAUGUGAACCUGCGCAGUCCGAGAAAGGCGUGUCUCAAGGCAUGCCUGUCUCCCUGCAGCGUGUGACGAACAAGGAUCUCGAAGCCUGGGCCAAUGGCUCGGCCGUCCGAGGUCACGUUUUCACCAGGGCUGCAGCAGAGCCCUACACGGUGUCUCCAACGAGGCAUUUUGGCACUGGCGCAGAGGCACCGGACGGUUGGAGCGCUCACUUUAUCUCGACGAGCGGUAUGAAGUCGGGUGGGUCUCCGAACCAGGACGCCUACUCCUUCACCUUUCUGGAUCAUGGUUGGAUCUUGAGCAUUGCUUGUGAUGGACACGGAGAGCACGGCGAGGUUAUUGCCGAGCGUGUGUCGCGAGUUCUGCCGCUUUUCUUCUCCGCGAACAUGGCGGAGAGCUUGGACCCGGAAGAGGCUCUUCGGAAGGCUUUCCGGUUGGCGCAGGGCGACCUGGAACGAUCCUUCAGCUCGAUGCAGGUUUUUAGUGGAGCGACCGUGGCGCUGUGCUGCAUGCAACCCAGCGCCGGCACGGUCUGGUUCGCUACUGUUGGCGACUCGCGAGUCGUACUGGGUGACAUGGACUCAGGUCGGCCCGUUUUCGCCACUACGGAGCACAAGGCCCACAACCCCGACGAAUACAGUCGACUGGAAGCUGCUGGAGCGCAGGUAGUUCAGAAGAGGUAUGACGACGGGGAAGUGGUCAGCCGGAUAUUCAUUCCCAAGACAGGAGUGCCAGGGCUCGCGAUGUCGAGAUCCCUCGGCGAUGGCUGCCUGAAGAAGUACGGAGUCAGUGCUGAGCCAGAGAUUUCGAACAUGACAGGUCAAUGGCAAUCUUGCCGACUACCGAGCGUCAUGUUGGCAAGCGAUGGCUUGUGGGCGGCUGGCUGA